GGCAUUAUGCAAUUAUAUUACUGAGGCAGCUACCUGCCCGUGCCCCUCUCCUCCUCCUGGUUUGGGACUACCCUCCCCAUCUGCUGCUAUAUUUAACUGCUUUCUUGGCCAUAAAAGGCUGGUUGUGUGGCCUGACAUUCGACUGCCUGACCACAUGCAUUAUUUUUGAACUGGCCUCCAGGGUCCUGUCUUUAGCCCUGCCUCUUAACGUUUUCUUGGAUUCAACCUAGGCGGAGUUUUCAUUGUCUCAUCCAGCUCCUCGGCCUCAUCGGAACAUUUCCACCACCGUUACUCCUUUGGAAACUGGUGGCCCGGUUUCUUCAAGGGGCACAGGAUGUCUUUGCCUUUUUAUCAGCGGUCCCACCAGCACUAUGAUCUCAGCUACCGCAACAAGGACCUCCGCACCACCGUGAGCCACUACCAGCAGGAGAAGAAGCGCUCGGCCAUCUACACCCAGGGCUCCACGGCCUACAGCAGCCGCUCCUCCGCCGCGCACCGCCAGGAAUCCGAGGCCUUCCGCCAGGCGUCCGCCUCCUCCUUCCAGCAGCAGGCCUCACAGUACGCCCUGAGCUCUGACGUCAGUCGGAAGGCGGCCUCAGCCUAUGAUUAUGGCUCCUCCCAUGGACUUACAGAUUCCAGUCUACUGUUAGAUGAUAACUCAUCCAAGUUGAGCCCCAAACCAAAGAGAGCCAAGCACAGCCUUCUGUCUGGAGAAGAGAAAGAAAAUUUGCCCAGUGACUACAUGGUACCCAUUUUCUCGGGACGUCAAAAGCAUGUCAGUGGAAUUACAGAUACAGAAGAAGAAAGAAUUAAAGAAGCUGCUGCUUAUAUAGCCCAGAGGAAUCUUCUUGCUAAAGAGGAAGGAAUCACAACAUCUAAACAGUCCACGGCAUCUAAGCAGUCCACGGUAUCCAAGCAGUCCACAGCAUCCAGGCAGUCCACGGCAUCCAAGCAGUCCAUGGUUUCCAAACAGGCCACGUCCACUCUUCAACAGGAAGAAACUUUUGAAAAGAAGUCAAGGAAAGUUGUGAUUCGAGAAAAGGCAGAACGCCUGUCCCUGAGGAAAACAUUAGAAGAAACCGAGGCAUAUCAUGCCAAGUUGAAUGAAGACCAUCUUCUCCAUGCUCCUGAGUUUAUCAUUAAACCUCGCUCCCACACGGUUUGGGAGAAGGAGAAUGUAAAAUUGCACUGCUCCAUAGCAGGCUGGCCAGAACCUCGUGUCACGUGGUAUGUUAUCUUUAUGAAAACUAACAGAAUUCAUUACACAAAGUUAAGUUCACCUCUAGUGGAAACACACAGAACAACCAUAUGCAAGAGUCAGUGA